AUGAAUUUACCAAAAGGUUCAUUUUUUGAUGAUCCAAAAUCAAAUUUAUGGAUUAAAGAAGUAAUUUAGGCAUCAGAUCCAAAAAUUAGUGGAACACUGAUCAAAAAUUCUAAAUUAGGAAUUUAAAAAGAAAGCAACUAUUUUCUUUAGGAUGGAAAACUAGCUUGUUAACAUAAAUAUAUAGAUCUAUAGAAUGCUACUUUGGAGAAGAUAAAAGAUAUAGGAUUUAAAUUGACAAAGAAUCGUAAAUCGGUUGAGUUGCUUACUCAUAAUGAAGAGGCUCAAGGAAUGUGGUAUAAGUAACUUAAACAGUAUUGCAUUUAGAGAGGGUUCAAUAAUGUAUACUCAAUAAAUAAAUUGAUUGGGAAGGGGAAUUUUGCAAAGGUGUACAGUGCAUCCAAAAAGAGUGAUCACUCGACGUAUGCUGUAAAGGCCUUCGAUAAGCUAAAAUUUUAAGAUAUUAGAAUUGACAAGCCUGCUUUGAUUAAGGAAUUAUCAAUAAUGAGAAAGAUGGAAUUUGUGGGUGUAAUAAAAUUGUGUGAAGUGUUUGAGAAUGACAAUUAUAUAUUUAUGGUAUGUGAAUUGCUUGAGGGAGGGGAAUUGUUUAAUCAAAUGAAAGGGAAAGCGUAUGAUGAGAAAACUGUUGCUCAUAUAAUGUUUAGAAUUUUGCAAUCUAUUGAUUACAUCCACUCAGUUGGUGUUCUGCAUAGAGACAUAAAGCCAGAGAAUUUGAUACUCAGAUCAAAAAGAGACAUGGCUGAUGUGGUGAUUGCAGAUUUUGGUCUUGCUGAUUUCUAUAAUUAAGAAGGAGAUUAUAUGUUUAAGCGUUGCGGAACUCCUGGUUAUGUAGCUCCUGAAUUGCUUUAGGAUAAAAUCUAUGAUUAUAAGAUAGAUAUCUUUAGUGCAGGAGUGCUGAUGUUCAUCAUGUUGACUGGUCAAUCUCCAUUCAAAGCCUAGUCAUAUGAUGAAAUAGUGAUGAAAAACUAUCAUUGUUAGAUCGAAUUCAGUUUAAUUAAAAAUCAACCCCUAAGUGAAGAGGCUGUUCAUCUCUUGACUUCAUUGCUCGAAAAGAAUCCAGAUUUGAGAAUCAGUUCUGAACUUGCUCUCCAACAUCCAUGGUUUUAAAAGUAAGGAGAUCAUAAAUUAAUCUUAGCUGACACAUACCCUAAACACAAAAAGAACUCUGAACUGUAUGCCAAAACACCAUUAAUGGGAUAAGAGUUAAAUUAAUCUAUCACUUCCACACCUCUAAGUGUUACACCUUAAAUGAGGAGCAAGUCGAAUACAACUGAUCAAUAAAAAGAAGAUUAACUUACGUCUACUUCAAGAUAAUAGAGUUAAUCAUUAAAAAUUAAAAAAUAAGAAUGCAUCCUAGAAGAAAAUGAAUACAAUGUUAAUGAAGAGGAUGAUGUUCCUCAUAGUCAUCAAAUUAAAAUGUAUCAAAUUCAGCCAAAAUUAAAAAGAAAUUAAGAGGAGCAAAAAUAAAAAUAGAAUGUCGAUAAUAAAGGAUCACUCUAAUUCAAAAUUUGA